AUGAAGAUCUCAAUACUCCUCGCCGCCUUCUCCUGCCUCGUCUCGGCCGCCCCCCCGGCAAAACCGAAGACGGCAGCGCAAUCCAAGGCGCCAUGGAACCUCCAAGCCAUCUCUCACCGGUCUGCGCCCACGCGACUCAACAUGUUUCGCAACUCGGACUAUCUCUACACGCCCUGGCCCAAGGACAAGACCCUUUAUGCCUACGUUCUCGACACGGGCAUUCGAACGACGCAUCAGGAAUUCGGGGGCCGCGCCGAAAACUUUUGGACAGCGUUCAAGACGGCCGACAACCAGGACGACUUUGAGGACUCAAGCGGCCACGGCACCCACGUUGCCGGCAUCAUCGCCGCCAAAACCUACGGCGUCGCCAAGCAGGCCCGCGUGCUCUCGGUCAAGGUCUUUGGCCCCAACGGCCAGGUCUUGACGUCUCAGGCCAUCCUGGGCUUCACCUUUGCCAUGAACGACAUUAUCAAAAAGGGCCGCCAGAACAGUGCCGUCAUCAACUACUCUGGGGGGAGGAAAUUCUCGAUGGCCUGGAAUACCAUUGUCGAGCGGGCCUUUAACCGCCCCAACGGGCCCAUCCUGACCAUUACCUCUUCCGGCAACGACGCCAAGGACGCGGCCGGGGCGUCGCCUGCCUGCGCAGACGAGGCCAUCACGGUGGGAUCCAUCCGGUCGGACUGGAGCGUGGCCCCGAGCUCCAACUUUGGAUGCAAGGUGAAUAUUCUGGCCCCCGGGGGCAAAAUCUUGUCGCUAUCCAACACGAGCGACGUUGCCACAAAGACGCUGUCUGGGACGUCAAUGGCCGCACCCCACGUGGCGGCGCUGGCGUUGAAUGCCAUGGCCGUCUUUGGCAAGAGUAGCAAAGAUGUCCUCGAGUUUCUCACGCAGACCGCGACAAAGGACAAGGUCAAGGGCGAUCUUAAGGGUUCGCCAAACUUGCUUGCGAAUAAUAACAAUGCCAGGCAACGGGCGUAA